AUGAAAUCAUCUGUGAAACAAUUGACUAACGUCCACAGGAGUGGUUUUGCUCGUAUUAACUCUGUGCAGAGCCAGACGAAGGAGGAGGAGGUGCCACCUGCAGUGAAGCCGGGGGACCUGGUCUAUGUGAAAAACCCUCCGACGGAAGUGGCAUACACCACGGAGGGAAGGUCCUUACGAGAUCGUGAACGCGACAUCAACGGUGGUGCAGGUGAAUGGAUCGUCCAUGUGGUACCACCUGAAUCACUGUAUGAAGGCCUUAGGUCGGACAGCAACGGGGAAAAGACCAUCAAGGAGAAUGUCCAUGGCUGCCAAGGAGACAAGUCCUUGGAAGGGGCGAACGAGGAUUUUCCUGGUGUUGGCCGAGAGACAUAG